UUACGCACAGACUCAAUGUAAUAUUAUCUACAGACUGAAAUACCAUACAUCAACAACCCAGUACAUACCUACAGCAACGAGUCUAAUAAUACAGUAAUUUUGUUCAGUUUGCUCUAACUAUACCUACUCUAUCGCCAAUCAUGCAGAACUUUAAGACGUUGAACGUUGUGCAGUGGUUCGGCAUCGCGGCUGCGUUGGUAGUAUUGUCCGCGGCGGCGGACGAGCCGACGGCCGAACCGUCGGUUUACUCGCCGGCGUACUUGCCGCCGAAACCGGUGGUCGUGGCCGGCGACCCGCUACACUACAACAGCCCGUACGGCGGCGCCGUGGCCAGCACGUCGACAAGCGUGUUCCGAACGCCCGGGUACCCGGGACAGGUGUCCGCCGUCCACAAGACCGUCGAAACGCCGUACUCGUCCUCGCACAAAGCGGACGUGCGCUACACCAACGACGUGCAGGUGCCGUAUCACCCGGCCGCCGUCCCGUACGGUUACGGACAGGCCGCAGCCGUCCCGUACGUUCACGGACCGGUCGCCGUCCCGUACGGCCACGGACCGGUCGCCGUCCCGUACGGCCAAGGACCGGUCGCCGUCCCGUACGGCUACGGACACGCCUCGGCCGUCCCGUACGGUCACGGACCUGUCGCCGUCCCGUACGGCCACGGACCUGUCGCCGUCCCUUACGGCCAAGGACCGGUCGCCGUCCCUUACGGCUAUGGGCCCACUGCCGGUGCCGUCGUCACUCCUCAUCAUUCCGUCUCGCACACCAGUUUUUCCGGACCGCACGGAACUCACUACUCGUACAGACGGUGAUUCGGGUGAUUCGCGUACUUGAACAACGAACAAUAUUACCGGUGAAGUGUAUAAUGCGCAUAACUAUAUUGAUAUGACAACGAUUGUAUACCGACGUUCUUUUUUUUUAAUUUAAGCAAAUUAUUUAUUGUAUAACAAAAUAUGUGAUGAAAAAUUAUAUCGAUAAAAUAUUUAAAAAAUAAUA